AUGCGUCACACACCUUUGGAGACGAACGUAAUUUUGCGUAACAUAUGUCUACCGUUCAUCUGGUUCUUCCUGAAAACUCCGAAAGACGGCGCACAGACUCCUUUGUAUUGUGUUUUGUCCAAAUCGUUGAAUGGUGUUUCUGGUAGGUAUUUCUCUGAGUUGCAGCAGUGUGAGCCAUCGCCGAUUGCUUGUGACAGCGACCAGUGCGAGUCGCUGUACAACUAUAGUGUUGAAGCUUGCAAAUUGGUUUUUUAA